CAUAACUCAGGGUCCUCAGGGUGACGUGUAAAUAAUUCACCGUGCCGGUGAAAUCAACUAAAAGACUAAAGUGCAAAAAUAGUAUUUUUUUAAAAUAAAAUUUUAAUUUUUCUUUAAAAAUGUUACGAAUAUUACUUUUUUCAUUAUUAACAAUUUCUUCUGGUGUUUUUGGUUCGUCUCUCGAGUUAGUGAGCGACGAUGAUCUCCUAAAUCAUAUAAAAAAUGAGAAUUUUGUUGUUGCCCUUUUCACUAAAAAAGACUGUGAUGCUUGUGAAAAUAUGGAGAAUGAAUUGAUUCAAGUGAGAGAAGAUCUCGUCGAUUCAUUGUCAGCAUGGGUUGUAAAAGUUGUAAAUAGUCAACUACUCCGACUUUAUAGUCCUAAUAAGGAACCCGCUUUAGUUUACUUUAGAAAUGGAAAUCCUCUUUUAUACGAUGGUCCUUUGGAUGGUGAAGAAAUUUUAAGAACUUUUAUUGAUAAUCAAAAGCCUAUCGUCAAGGAAUUGACUGAUGAAACUUUUGAGCAUUUAACUCAAGCCAGUAGUGGAGCAACUACCGGCGAUUGGUUCAUCAUGUUUUACAGUGCAGAUUGUAUAGAAUGCCAGAGAAUGGGUGCCAGAUGGGAAGCAGUGGGUUCGAAAAUAAAACAACGAGUUAAUGUUGCCCGAAUGAAUAAACACACAACUGGCGCUUCCACUGCUCGAAGAUUCAAUGUUUUUGAAGUUCCGGAAUUCAUAUUCUUCCGACAAGGUAAAAUGUACCGAUAUCAAAUUCCAAAAUAUGAUGUCAAUUCUUUCGUAUCAUUCGCGAGAGACUGGUACAGAAAUGCCCGAAUUGAAAAAGUUCCGGUGCCUCAAAGUCCUUUCGACGAUUUUACGCAAAUGAUCGCAAAUGCCUUGCGUGAAAAUCCAUGGAUAAUGAAGCUCGGAAGCAUAACUAUUGGUGUAGUUGUAAUUGUCUCAGUGGCAUCGAAAUUAAGGAGAAAAGCCGAAGUUCCACAAAAGAAGGCUAAAUAAAAUUUAUUUUUCGCAAAUGAAGCAUGUAUAUAUGUACACAUUGAACUUAAAAAGAUUUUUUACAUUCAUAUUGACAAAUAUUGUUUUAGAUAAUACCCUCCUUUUAUACUAGAUUAAUUACAAAACGCAUAAUUAAGGUGUCUGAAUAAUUUUCUUUCAAUAAACAUUUAUAUUUUAAAUAUUUCAA